CACCAGGCUGCUUUAUCUGAGGCAUCAUUCCCAUACACGACACCCUUUAUCGAAUCGACUCCAGACCAAGGCCAGUUACUGAGAGCUUAUCAGUAUUUUCCCAUUGGUCAGUCAAUUGUCAGUCAGUACUUGACUGACUAUUUUUGGUCAAACACUACCCGGAAGUCUUCGUUUAGUACGCAGGUCACGUUGGGCCCGCUUGCUUGACAUAGUUGAAUGCCCUCGCCAAGUACGCGUCGACGUUUGAAUCCCGGUACGCAAAGGCUGGCCCCCUGUGUCAGCCGCGCGUGUAAUAUCCAUCAGCUCCCAAGCAUGCUAUAUGUUUCGGACUCGCAUAAAUAGCUGGCUCUUUCUUCAUCUUUACCCUCCAGCUCCAAAUCAUGGUUCAAACAGUCACACUCUCUGAUGGCCACACCAUGCCCACUCUUGGGCUUGGUGUCUACAUGAACGAGGAAUGUGCGGAAGCUUGCAUGGUUGCCCUUCAAAAUGGGUACCGAAUGAUCGAUGGCGCCCGGUACUACGAGAAUGAAGUUGAACUCGGUGUUGGGGUAGCGAAAAGUGGUGUUAAGCGCAAAGACGUCUUUAUCACUUCCAAGGUCUUCCAUGCGGAUUACACUUACGACGGCACGAUGGCUGCUUUGAAAGACUCGAUCGCGAACCUUGGAUCAUGCAAGUCUUCGUAUUAUGAUUUAUACCUAACCCACAGCGCCAUCGGAGGCAAGGAAGCACGUCUUGCUGCCUAUAGGGCUCUAUUGGACGGCAAGGCCAGCGGGAUGAUCAAAUCUGUCGGUGUCUCCAAUUACUCAGAAAAGCACAUAGAAGAGAUUCGUGAGGCUGGUCUAGAAAUGCCCGUCGUGAACCAAGUAGAGUUACAUCCGUUCUGUCAGCAAAAACCGAUAGUCGAAUAUUGUAAGAAGAACAACAUCGUCGUCCAGGCAUACUCCCCUCUUGUGCGUGGUGGUUUCGACAACGCAGUCAUCCAGGAGCUCUCUAGAAAGUACUCCAAAGAUCCUGCUCAAAUUCUUGUCAGAUGGUCUUUGCAACGAGGAUUUGUGCCUUUGCCCAAAUCCUCGCAGCCCGAGCGCAUCAUAUCCAACGGCCAAGUAUUUGGCUGGAAAAUCGAACCCAAGGACAUGGCAAAGCUUGACGCGUUGGACCGCGGGAAGGAGGGCGCGAUUACCUGGAAUCCAGUCGACGUUGAAUAG